UCUAGCCAUUCUCAGUUAAUGUAAUCAACGCAUGCGUGCUUAUAUAUACAAUGACCGGUUAACGCAUAAAUGCCAUUUAGCUUCUUUAACUGGUCUGAUAAGAAUUGUACGGAUUUUGUGAACUAAAUUAUUUAAUAAUAAACUUUCAAUGGUGGGCUGCACACGUUUUAUGUACGUAUAAAUAAUGAAGUAAUCAAAUACAUUUGAUUGAAAAUUCACAGGGACGUUAAAAUUAUGUUGAUAAUUCAAACGUGAUGAAACAGACAAUCGGACUUUGAAAAACCGAUCAAACCGGAAGAGUUCUUCACUUGCAAAUAAAUCACGAAUGGUCAAGAAUGAAGUAUGGGCUAAUGAUUAAUAUACUUUUUGGAUUUUUUAUUUUUAAUUUAUUUUUGGAAUUGAAAGCCAUUCAUGGCAAAUUUCUCGGUGGUACGAUCUCUUGGAUGGUACUUGAGAACAAGGCAAUAGCGACAACUGUCAAAGGCGUUUCACAAGCAGUUUUGGAAUGAUGGAUGAUUGGGUGGGCUUCGUACAGAAUUCGAACCUUGAAUUCACCAAACCGAUGAAUCCAAAGGAGAUCCAUUCUAGAAGUCAUUUAAAACGGAAGAAGAUAAACGAAAGUUUAAAACAGUCAUCGAAAAUUGAAAACAAAACAAUAAUGGUUCGGCAAACGAGGCAAAAAGUACGUCCGUUAGGUAUACCAGUACCCGCCAAGCUCACGAAACGAACAAACGAAGAAAAUGAAACGAAAGUAUUCAAGAUGUCAAACCAUUUUCUUUUGGAUCCCGUAUACUAAAGUACGAAAGUAGCAGAAAGUGUGAUCGUACUGAAGAUACUUGCAAAACAAUUCUCACCUUCGAUCAUGUUCGAGACGUUUAUCCUGCUCAUACAUCAAACGAUGUUUCGAGUUUGGUUUUUGUUGUAACUGUGGACAAUGAAACAGAUGCCAUUAUAACAAAACUUAGUGACUUAGGUAUUAAGUAUAUCAUAAAAACUUUGAAGUUUAGCAAUGUUGGAGAUACAAUCGGUAACAUCAUACAGAUGAACGAGAUUGAAAUAGAAACACUAAGGACAUGUGUUCGUAAUAAUGCAAAAAUGUUAAUGGCAAAACAUAGAUAUCUCAGUAUCAUAGAAGGAUGUAGUUACAUCUUAGAUAAAGAACCAGAUGGUGCAACCAAGGCGUUAAAUUACGAGCCGCGACUGGCGUUAUAUGUACAUGCAAAGGGAUAUAUUCCAAUCGACGAAGAACCUUUCGAAACAUCGUAUGACGGCAUAAAAGUUGUCAUUCGGGAAGGAGUGUUUGUCCCAUUUGCAAAAACAGCUGACGAGUUACAUGAACAUGUUAGAAUGGGAUGUAAAAUUCAGCGUACACUGAAUGGCACUCUUGGUCUGUUUGUUGACCACCAUUCGUAUGGUCUUUGUGGCGUAUCCUGUGCACAUGUUCUACUAUCAGCUGAAGAAAUUAUGCAUUGUCGGGAAAGAAAUGGACGCAUAGUUUUAGAUUCAUUUGACUGUGAUGUUUUCCGACCCGAACGUCCUCACACGAUUGGAAAACUCCGAGAAGUAAUUACCAAAGAAGGCUCUGAUUCAGAAUCAGGACUUGACAUCGCAAUUUUCGAAAUAACAACACGAUUGCCACAAGACGGAAAAUUCCCACAACCAAAAAUAAGCAGUAUGCCAGACAUUUCGUUUGAAUCUGGAAGGACGAUAACGAUAAACGUGCACAAUGAUCAAUGCUACAAAUUCGGAAGUUGUUCGGAUUUUACCGAAGGUAAACUUAUCAACUUGGGAUAUCCAAGUUGCGUUCGAGACGUCCUACAGGUGGCCGAAUAUACAUUUACAAUUUGCAAUCAAGUACGAGUUCAGUCGCAGUCGGGGAAUUUAUUUGUCAACAUGGGUGAUUCCGGUGCACCGGUUUUUGUCAAAGACGGCGACGGACAACUGGCAUGUAUUGGCAUAAUCGUCGGAGGGAGAGCAUCUGAUGGCGUAGUUUAUGUUACUCCCAUUACACGGAUUCUGCAAGAACGUGGUAUAUCAAAACUGAAAUCGUUCGUUCCGAACUUUGUCGAAAUGGCCAAUGAUAUACAAACGAUCAAAAAUCGCAUGGAACACUUCGACACGGUACUGCAAAGAAUUAAUGAAAAACUAGAUUCUAUAAACCCGUCUUCCAUAGCUCAGUUAAAUGGGAGGUAGGCUAUUAUUUUGUAUAAAAACCGCACUUUCAACUGAUAAUGUUAAUAUGAAAUAAUUUAGAACUUUGAUGCUAUUUUGUACAAUCAAACAAUUACUUAUGCAAUAUUUUUUUUGAAAAUUUUGUCUCCGCUGAUGUCAACUACAACCAAUAUUUCGAGUUAUCUUGAGGAUGCGCGUAAAUGUCUAUUUGGUUUGAAAAAUAAUCUUGACAGCUUACGUAUACCAAAAGGAGUCUCACUUUGACACCUACAGUAUUUAAUACUCCCACUGAAUGAUUUAUAGGGUCUCGGAUACGUGUGCUUUUAAUGCUUACCAACGUUUAUCAGACAAGCACAUGAAGAACUACUUUUUACAGUUAAUAUGACAUAAAAACUUAAUUUGAAAAUCAAAUUUUGAUAGCAGUAAAACCAUAUUCACUUUAUAAUUGAAUUUAGAUAUAUUACUCUACAUUAUUAUAGUAUUUAUGUAACGUAGAUUAAAAUGAUCCAAACGAUGUACUAUUAAGCCAUUAUAGUCUAUCUAUUUCUAGUUCACUGACUGCAAGUUGGUGCCUAAUGACGUAACACGUUACGCGAUUGCAUUUUCCAAUUAAAGGAGAGAAUAUUUUGAUAUUAUGAAAAACAAGUAGGAUCCAGCUUUUGCUGUUUGCUUAAAUACCGUAAUACUCUAAGUUUGUUCACACUUUAAUUUUUUGGACACCCCCUUAUUUUCCGAAAGUAAUUAUUUUUCCUGACUCAAAAUGUUCGGGUUUUCGUCAUUAAUUUAUAACUCUUAAUUUUCGGACAGUACAUUUUACAGCGCUAUUUCACCAGAUAUUUUUUUCCUGUUUUCGCUUAUCUGGUGUCACUUCCAUCUUGCUUUUUAUGACCGGAUUAAGGUCAUAAAACCUAGCAAGUGAGAGCCUUAGGGCAAUUUACCAUAUUAUUGCGUUAUUGGGUUAAUAUCCAUGUAUAUGGGUAAUAAAAAAUGAUUUCACCCCAGAGAGAUAACU